UAGUUGUGAUUGUGAAUUUCGACACAAUUCAUACACGAUAAACACACCUCAGUGAGACCACAAUUAAACGGGAACGGAAGUAACAAUAGAAUAGGCUGAAUAGCUAUGGAGGCCAGCAAAUGGACCGCCGCGGCGGCGAGCAUUUGGAUCCAGUGCAGCUGCGGCGCGUCUUACGCCUUCGGCAUCUACUCGCCGAUCCUCAAAUCGAGCCAAGGCUACGACCAAUCGACGCUCGACACCAUCUCCGUCUUCAAGGACAUCGGCGCCAACGCCGGUAUCCUCUCCGGCAUCCUCUACUCCGCCGCCUGCCGCAGCGGCGCGACGCCGAGAUUUCUGCGCGGACCGUGGAUCGUCCAUGCGGCGGGCGCGGCGCAGUGCCUGGUCGGCUACCUCUUCCUGUGGCUCGCCGUCACCGGAGCCAUUCCCCGGCCGCACGUGGCGGUCGUGUGCCUCUUCAUGUUCCUCGGCGCUCACGCGCAGACGUUCUUCAACACGGCCAACGUUGUCACGGCGGUGCAGAAUUUCCCGGCCUACAACGGUACGGUGGUCGGAAUCAUGAAGGGCUUCCUUGGGUUGAGCGGAGCAGUUCUCAUACAAGUUUACCAGACAUUAUUCGAAGGCAAACCGGCUACUUUCCUCCUCAUGCUCGCAGUGGUUCCGUCUCUUCUCUCCGUCGCACUCAUGUUCUUGGUUCGAGUCCACCCCACGGGCUCUCGAGAUCACGAGAAGACGUACUUGAACGCCUUCUCAUUGAUCUCCAUGAUCGUUGCUGCGUAUGUCAUGUUCCUCAUCAUCGUAGAAAACGCUUUCGUCCUCUCCCCAUGGACGCGUGCUCUGUCACUAACACUUCUCUUCCUCAUUCUCUCCUCGCCUCUUCACAUCGCCAUCAAAGCACACAAACACGACGUGGAGAAGCAAUCGUCGCUGCCCUGUUUGAAGUCCCCCCUGAUCAAGGACAACGGAUUAGGAAAACCAAAUGAUGGAGCCAUUACUGAGCUGCACAACAAGGGUUGUGCCUCCGACGCCCUGAAUCUCUUACAAGCUUCGCGCACGCUGAGCUUCUGGCUGCUCUUCGUCGCCAUGCUCUGUGGGAUGGGGUCGGGGCUGGCCACGAUCAACAAUAUCAGCCAAAUCGGGGAGUCGCUAGGUUACACGGCGGUGGAGAGGAGCACACUGGUAUCCCUGUGGAGCAUAUGGAACUUCCUCGGCCGGUUCGGGGCGGGGUUUAUGUCGGACAUUUUCUUGCACAAGAAGGGCUGGGCGAGGCCGUUGUUCAUGACUCUAACUCUCACAGCCAUGACGGCUGGCCACGUCAUCAUUGGCUCGGGCUUCCCGGGGAACUUGUACGUGGGGUCGGUGUUGGUAGGCAUCUGUUACGGCUCGCAGUGGUCGCUGAUGCCGACCAUCACCUCUGAGAUAUUCGGCGUGCAGCAUAUGGGGACGAUAUUCAAUACCAUCGCCAUUGCUAGUCCUCUGGGAUCAUACAUAUUUUCUGUGAGACUUAUUGGGUAUGUAUAUGAUGGAGAAGCAGGGGUUGAUAAUUCAUGCAUUGGAACUCACUGUUUCAUGCUGUCUUUCUUCAUUAUGGCAAUUGUUAGUCUCUUUGGAUCUCUUGUGGCGUUGGCUUUGUUCGUGAAGACGAGGAGGGUCUAUGCCCAGAUUGUGCGUGCGAGGAUGUUGUUGGCUUGAGAUGAAAGUUUUGGCACAGAUACAUAUCUUCUUCUUCUUUUUGUAUUGUAUGUAGCUCAAUUUUAUUAGUUUGGUAUCUACUAGUGUUGGUGUGAUUGAUUUUUUUGUAUAAGGGGACUUGUUCGAGUUUUUGGCUGAAGAAGUCCGGUGUGUCGGUAUGCAUUUAAUUUGUAAUUAUUUGUAUUGAUAUUUCUUGAAAUUUGAUGGCAAAUGAUUCCUACA